CAUUCUGACAGUAUGGCGGCGGGAUACAGCUGGAAGGAUGCUACUGUCGCCCGUGAUAUGUCUUUCGCCAACAGAAUGUGAGUGGAAUAUCGACGGUAAAGGGAAAGGAUACAGCAUUAAAGGCCUGUCUCCAUGAACUCAGAGAUGGCCCGGCUUGCCGACUACUUCGUAGUGGUUGGUUACGACCUGGAUAAGAGAGGGGGCAGUGAGGGGCAAGGUCGCAUUCUCCAGCGCUUCCCUGAGAAAGACUGGGAGGACAAUCCUUUUCCACAAGGCAUAGAACUGUUCUGUCAACCUAACGGAUGGCAGUUGGUUCCAGAGAGGGAACCCCCGUCGUUCUUUGUGUCGGUUCUGACUGAUAUCAACUCAGAGCGUCACUACUGUGCCUGCUUCACGUUCUGGGAGGGCCUGGACAACCCCCAGUUGCAGAAGGCCGAGACCAGCGAGGUGGAUGAGGAUGAGGUCCCAGGACUGAUCCAGCCUGCCCAGGUUUUUGCCCCCAAGAGCCUGGUGCUGGUGUCUCGUCUGGACCACACUGAGGUCUUCCGGAACUGUUUGGGCCUCAUCUAUACUGUGCAUGUGGACAGCCUCAGUGUUCCCUUGGAAACGGUGAUCGGAAACCUCCUUACAUGUGUCAUACCCACUGCUGGUGGUUCUCAGAUAAAUGAGUCCCCAGUAUGUAGUUUAAAUCUUUCCGUUCCGCAAGCCCUAGCCUGUGACUGGCUACUGGGCUGCUUUCAGGACCAGCCUGGCCAGGAGGAGAGAGAGGAGAGCUUGAGGACUAUAACGUUGGGGGCGGGCGAUCGGCAGGUCAUUCAGACGCCCAUCAACGACUCCCUUCCUGUCAGUGGCAGCAGCGUAGCCCACCUCUUUAGACAACUCGGUAUAGUGAACGUCCUCUAUCUGUUCUGUGCUGCCCUGACGGAACACAAGAUCCUGUUUCUGUCCAGGAGCUACCAGAGACUAACAGAUGCCUGCAGAGGUCUACUGGCCAUUAUGUUCCCCCUCAAAUACAGUUUUACGUAUGUCCCCAUCCUUCCGGGAAAACUCCUGGAAGUGUUGAGCACUCCCACGCCCUUCAUCAUCGGGGUCAACUCCUUCUUCCGCUCCGAGACCCAGGAACUGGUGGGUAGCAUGACCUUGGACGUGAUCAUCGCUGACCUGGACGGAGGCACGGUGACCGUCCCGGAGUGUGUCCACAUCUCCCUGCUCCCCGACCCGCUCUUACAGCAGACGCAAACCGCCCUCUCAAUGGUGCUGGACCCAGAGCUGGAGACAGCUGACCAUGCCUUCCCCCCAUCGUCCACUCAACCCUCCUCACUCAAAAUCCAGGAUAAGGAGAUCCGGGCCGUGUUUUUGUGGCUGUUCGCCCAGCUGUUCCACGGCUAUCGCUGGUGUUUGCACAUCAUCCGCAUACACCCGGAGCCAGUCAUCCGCUUCCAUAAGGCUGCGUUCCUGGGACAGAGGGCUCUGACGGAGGACGACUUCCUGAUGAAGGUCCUGGAUGGCAUGGCGUUCGCUGGGUUCAUAUCGGAGAGAGGACCGCCUUACAGACCAACAGACCUGUUCGAUGACCUGAUAGCCAAUCAGGUGGAACGUAUUCGCCAGGAGGAGUGCUACCCGCACAAAGUCAUGAACCACGUUAAGGAGCUAGCCGAGCAGCUGUUCAAAAAUGAGAACCCCUAUCCUGCCGUGGCCAUGCAUAAGGUGCAGCGGCCAGUUGAGAGCCCCGGUCACGGUGACCCCAAGAACCUAACCAUCUUCCCCCUGCUGGAUGACGUCACAGUCCAGCUCUUCAUCGACCACGCCGCCGCCAAGCUCAAGGGUGCCCCGCCCGUGGUCAAGGCCGAACUCAAGGGCAUGGUACCCUCCGGCCCUCCGCUGGGAGACAUAGUGGAUCGUCACGGUCAUGUGCUGGCCAACAGCGCUCGCAGGCUGGAGGUGGUCCGGAACUGCAUUACAUACAUCUUCGACAACAAGAUGCUGGAGGCCAAGAAGCUUAUGCCAGCUGUUCUGCGGGCACUGAAGGGCCGGGCAGCCCGCGUGUGUCUGACCCAGGAGCUUAACCAACAUGUUCUGCAGAACCGAGCUGUUCUGGAUGAUCAGCAAUUUGACUACAUCGUCCGCAUGAUGAAUUGCACCUUGCAGGACUGCUCACACAUGGAUGAACAUGGUAUCGCAGCUGCCCUGCUUCCUCUGGUCACAGCCUUCUGCAGAAAACUAGGUGCCGGCAUCACCCAGUUCGCCUACAGCUGUGUUCAGGACCACAUGGUGUGGACCAACAUGCAGUUCUGGGAAGCUAUGUUCUACAGUGAUGUUCAGAACCACAUCAGAGCCCUGUACCUGGAGGCAGAUGAGGGAGCGCAGCCCAGCUCUCAGGAGUCGGUUCCAGCCGGAGGUCAGGAGCUCCUGGGUGCCCUGGAGCUGGCGUCGGAGCAGAGUCGACUGUGGCCGGCGCUCAGCAAGGAGCAGCAGAGUGAGCGCGUGCAGAAGGAGGAGAGCACGGUGUUCAGCCAGGCCAUCCACUACGCCAACCGCAUGUCCUACCUGCUGCUGCCCCUGGACACAAGCAAGAACCGCCUCCUCAACCGGACCGGCAUCGGGGACGUGGAGAGUGUCAGCAACAGCUAUGUCACCAACAGGUACACUAACAGCAUUGCUGGCAGCAUGGCGGAGAGCUACGAUACGGAGAGUGGCUUUGAGGACGCAGAGAGCUCCGACGUGGCCAAUUCUGUGGUGCGUUUCAUCAACCGAUUCGUAGACAAGGUGUGCAACGAGAGCGGGGUGACCAACGAGCACCUGAAGGCUCUACACACCAUGAUACCAGACAUUGUUCAGAUGCACAUCGAGACGUUGGAUGCAGUCCAUAGGGAGAGUAAGCGACUGCCGCCGAUCCAAAAGCCUAAGCUGCUGAGGCCUGUUCUCCUGCUGGGGGAGGAGUUUGUGAUGGACGGCAUGCGGGUACACCUGUUGGCAGACGGCCGGGAGGAAGCCACCGGGGCCAUGGGGGGUCCCCCGCUGCUCCCUGCCGAGGGGGCCAUCUUCCUCACCACUUACCGCCUCAUCUUCAAGGGCACGCCCCACGACCCUCUGGUGGGUGAGCAGGUUGUGACUCGGUCUUUCCCCAUCGCCUCCCUGACCAAGGAGAAGAGGAUCUCAGUCACUAUGCCAAUGGACCAGUACAUACAGGAGGGCCUGCAGCUCCGCUCCUGCACUUUCCAGUUGCUGAAGAUCGCUUUUGACGAGGAGGUGGCGUCGGACCUGGCCGAGGUGUUCCGGAAGCACAUGCACAAGCUCCGCUACCCCCAGCACGUCCAGGGGACCUUUGCCUUCACCGUUGGCCAGUGUGGCAAGACGUUGGUGGAACACAAGACCAAGGACAAGAACCAGUCAAUAAAAACACUUUCCAAAAACCUGGUGAAGAGUGCCAAGAGGACCAUCGGGCGACAGUACGUGACCAGGAAGAAGUAUACACCUCCCACCUGGGAGAACCGGGGCAGCUUGCAGUCCGAGCCGGAUGAGGACGACAUUUCAGUCUCAGAGGAGCUGGACCCGAGCUCACUGACCCUCUCCUCCACCAUCCGCUCCUCGGACAGACAGACCAUGAGCAACGUGGUUGAGCGGGCCUGUUGUCGUGACUACCAGCGCCUGGGUCUGGGCACGCUCAGUAACAGCCUGACUCGCUCCAAGAACGAACCGUUCCGCAUCUCCACGGUCAAUCGCAUGUACACUGUCUGCAGGAGCUACCCUGGCCUGUUGAUCGUGCCCCAGAGUAUCCCCGACUCCACCAUCCAGCGCAUCUCCCGCUGCUACCGGCAGAAUCGUUUCCCCGUGGUGUGCUGGAGGAACUCCCGUACCAAGGCGGUGCUGCUGCGCUCAGCAGGCCUCCACGCCAAGGGAGUGGUGGGCUUCUUCAAGUCGCCCAACGCUUCCAGCGCCGGUACGACCCACACCAAAAGCCCCUCCCAGACCGACUCAACCAGCCUGGAGCAGGAGAAGUACAUGCAGGCCAUCAUCAGCUCCAUGCCCUCCUACUCUGAACCCAGUGGUAGGAACACACUCAGCGGAUUCACCUCCACUCACAUGAGCACCUCAGAGUCAUCAGAUAAGCUGAGGCAGCCUAAGAUUGGCGCUUUAAUGAAACAAGUGAUGGGAGGAAAGGAUGAAGUCCCUGGAACCUUCAGCCGAGGAGCUCUGGGUCAAAGGGCGAGGGUCAUCUCCCUCUCUCAGCCCAGGGUUUCAGGCAAAGCCAGAAAAUCCCCUGGAGGGAAGUGGGGCAGUAUCCGAGGCAGUGGCCGCCUGAGUGCCUACAACCCCGACGUGGGGAACCGUCUGGCCAGUAAAGAGUCCCCCCAGCCCAACGGGGGGCCCAGCGAGGCCUUGUUCUUCCGACAGCAGAGGGCCUACCUCUACAUCAUCGGGGACAAGACACAGCUCAAGGGAGGGAAGCAGGAUUCCUUCCAGCAGUGGGAGGUGGUGCCCAUAGAAGUGUGUGACGUGCGGCAGGUGAAGAACAGCUUCAAGAAGCUGAUGAAGGCGUGUGUGCCCAGCUCGUCCACCCCAGACCCCAGCAUGUCAUUUCACCGCUGUCUGGAGGAUUCCGAAUGGAUGUGCCUGGUGCAUAAGGUCUUGCAGGUGUCUGUCUUGGUGGUGGAGCUCCUGGAUACAGGCUCGUCAGUCAUGGUCAGCCUGGAGGAUGGUUGGGACGUCACUACUCAGGUGGUGUCCCUGGUGCAGCUCCUAUCAGACCCAUACUACCGGACGUUCGACGGCUUCCGCCUGCUGGUGGAAAAGGAGUGGCUAUCGUUUGGCCACAGGUUCAGUCACCGCGGUGCCCAAACCCUGGCCAGCCAGAGCAGUGGCUUCACCCCGGUCUUCCUGCAGUUUCUCGACUGUGUGCACCAGAUCCACCUGCAGUUCCCCAUGGAGUUUGAGUUCAGUCAGUACUACCUGAAGUUCUUGGCCUACCACUAUGUGUCCAACCGCUUCAGAACCUUCCUGCUGGACUCGGACUACGAACGCAUCGAGCUUGGGGUUUUGUAUGAGGAGAAGGGAGAGCGGAAGAACCCACAGGUAUGCAAGUCAGUGUGGGAUUACAUCGACCGACUCAACAAGAAAACCCCCAUCUUCUUCAACUACAUGUUCUCACCAGAGGACGAGGAGGUCCUGAGACCGUACAGCUUUGUGUCAAACCUGAAGGUGUGGGACUUCUACACGGAGGAGACCCUCUCUGAAGGCCCGUCGUACGACUGGGAGCUGGUCCAGAGGGGCCGACAGGAGAGGCUUGCCGAGGAGGUGCCGAGCAAACCAGACACCAGUACCCCGAAGUCCCAUCGCCACAUCAUCUGGCCCUGCUACGACAGCCGUAUCCGGGCGGUGCCCGACGCCAUCACCAAACUGCUGCAGGACCUACAGAGGCUGGAGGCCGAGCUGGGGCUGCCGCCGGAGAAGUGGAAGGAAACCUGGGACAAGAUCAAGGCCACCCAACGGUCCGAGGCCAGGCUGGAGAGCAGGACGUCGUUCAACAGCUCCCUGCUCAUGUCGUCCAACCUGAGUCACCAGCGGCGCUCUCAGGGCGUGUACCUGCAGGAGAGUGGCGUGGGCUCCUCCAUUAACCUGUCCAUGGACUGUGAGGCCAGCUCCUCUGUCCCCCCCGUGGCGGGGCGUCCCAGCACCAGCACCCUGUACAGUCAGUUCCAGAGCACCGAGAGCGAGAACAGGAGUUUUGAGGGCAUCCUGUAUAAGAGAGGCGCGCUGUUGAAACCUUGGAAACCCCGCUGGUUUGUGCUGGACAAGACCAAACAUCAGCUGAGAUACUAUGAGAGCAGACAGGACAAGGAGUGUACGGGGGUGAUUGAGCUGGCGGAGGUGGAGUCUGUCAUUCCAGGCACGCCCACCAUGGGAGCGCCCAAACACAUACCGGAGAAAGGCUUCUUCGACCUCAAAACGACCAAACGAGUGUAUAACUUCUGUGCACAGGACAGCCUCAACGCUCAGCUGUGGAUGGACAGUAUUCAGAGCUGCCUCUCCGACGCCUGACGUCGCCCAGCUCCGCCCCAACAGGAACAGUCCAACCAGGAACAAAUGAGAAGCGCUAAGGAAUCCAACGUACAUCUCUGCCAACCAAUCUCAAGGGCUCCUUUCCAGGAGGCGAGGAUUGAGACGGAUGGGGAGGCUUCUUUCCACAGUUUAGCUCCGUUCAGUGUCGGUAGUUGUGUUGAACUGAUGAUGUCACGUUUCAGUGUUUUUGCUAUAAAAAAAAAAGUUACAAAAAAUGAAAAAAAUGAGGAUGGACAGGAAGUCCCUGACAGACCAGUGGCUGUUGUCACCCUGUGGUUGGCUGCGGCCUCUCAUGGAGCCUGUCCGUCAUCGGCGUCGGGUGUCUGAAUGCGAAGUGGAGGGAAAAGAAAACCGCAUGAUGCCGUUUGUUGUGUGAGCUUGAGAAUGGACCGUUUCUCACCACACUAAUCUAACUGGGGCCUCCAGCAUGCAUAUCUAGUCAGACCCUCCACCUACAGACUACAAACCCCCAUUCUUCCACACACCUCAACACUCCAAGGAGGAAUCCUGAACUACAUUACCCAGGCCAGCCAUGCGGAGGACCCUGCUUGUAGUCCAUGAAUACAGGAAGUGAAUUUUGCAGUGUUUGGGGCGGUCUUCAUGCUCAACUGCUAGCUUACAUUAAAGCCUCCGCUAGUGUGGCUCCCCCCGUUUCCCACCCCCUGCUUUAUGUAGCCGAGUCUCACCCAAUGAGGAAACUCCUGCGCCCUCUCUCAAGAUGUCUCCUAUUCCCCAGACACACCAACAGGGACACCCCUUCGACGGUAAAUGAAUGAUUUUAUUGUUUGACAGCUUAUCUGUUCAAAAUGUUUCACUCAAAUUAAUAUCAGAGAUCUCAGUCCUUCUAGCUAUCAUCCCCAGAGCAGAUGAUGCAACGUGAAAGCUGUGUAGUCCUCAAGAUCAAACCAGGAGAAUGCCAGUCAGAGAUUCCAUUCUCAAUCCGCCAGAUGGGGAGCCUGUCUGCGGAACAUCAUUAUUAGUGUUUACACAAGAAGCUAUGGACUGUACCUCUCAAUCUAGACAACUUCCUCUAUAUUUCUUAUCAAAAACAAUAAAAAUAAAAAAACCACUAUUAAAAGUUGAGAAUCUUAAGGGAUGCUGAAGGAACAGGAGGGAUAUAUUUUUGUGAUUAUUAAUUUAUGCACUAAAUGAUAACGGUUGAUAUUUUUUAAAGUUCAAAGGUGAGAUGGGGCAGAGCAGAGGGGAUUAUGGGAUGGUUCCCUGAGAGUGAAAAGUCUGUUUACACAGCACAGUGCUGAGAGAGUGGAGCUGGUGCUCCACCUUUUAAGGUCAAAGGAUGGAUGUAGGGCACAGGGUGUUAUGCAAGGGCCAGAGGAUUCAAAUGGAUGACAAGUAUUGGAAUGUGCUCUACUGGGUACAAACAGAUUUUGUGAUACACUUUGUCACCAGAUGGGGGCGGUAGAGGUGGUGUUCAAGACACCACAGCAGCAUUUAAAUUGAUGCUAAAUGCUAAGUAUUAUAUCCUCAACCCCCACUAAUUAUGAGUUAGCCAUUUAAUUACAUUGACAGACUGAACAAUAGUAUGUGUCCAAGCUUAAGAUACCACUCUGCUAUGUUUACCUACUCUGCCUUUGGUUGAUAGUGAAGCACAGCUUGAUGUCCUACCUGCUUGAGUAACUACAUCUGUGUGAACGGGCAACACUUCAGCCUGUCCCAACUCUCUCACUGCUGUGCUUCUGUCUAAACCAGUGUUUUUAGCUAGAGCCUGUUACCUUCUAUUCUUAAGCCUGUAAAUAGGAGUCAAUAAACGUUGUAGAGAGAGAAUAUGUUUAGCUGGAAUUGGUGAUAGCAAUUAAGUCACUUGUUUUUUUUAUGCUUAAGACCCAGUAUCAGUUUGCCCUUGUUUUGAUCCCCCUUGUCACAAAACACACUCACUUCUCUUUUAACACAAACAUUGUUGUGUAAAAUAUGGUUAUAUUGCCGUCUUGUUAAACAUACAAUUUGAAUUGUAGAUUUAUUUUGUGUCUAAGUUCUUUGUAUAUACUACUCAGAUUUGUAUGUAACGUUUAUGGUAGUAAUUUAUUUAACUUUGUCUCCUUGGUAAGAAAAGUUCCUUAAGCACCACUUCUAUUUUUUAAAUUAGGAAUCCAAUGUGCCAUUUGUUUAUUUCUGUAUUAACGUGACUAAUGCUACUACUUUUUGGAAAAUGUCUUGUAUAAGUAAACCCUCAAUGUCUUUUUUUUUUUUUUUUUUUAAACAUGGUUUUCCUUCCCCAAGCAGAGUGAAAAAUGUUUGUAAAAGCAAGAACUAGCCUCCCUAGUUUUGGUGUGUUUAUGGAAUGGAGUGGCAAAAUCUCAGUAAGUUGCUUACCUGCACAGGUGGGGUGUUUGAAAUGUCACUCACUAACACACUCUUCAAUAUACCAGCUCACCCUGUUUACUGGUGUCUACUCAUUGCUCCUUUAUUGAGGUGGAUUAUAUCCACAACAUUAAUCAGAUCAGUACAAUUUAACCUCUAUUUAUUUUAUGUUCAUUUUUUUCUAAUUUGAAAUUUCUUUCUGAGCCGGGUUAUGUUGUCAAUCAUGUAAUAUAUUUUUUAGAAUUAAACGAAAACACUGUGGGUUUAAAUGUCACUUUUUUUGGUGUGGGUUUGUCCCUUUUCUCUCUCUACGAGGAUGUAUUUUAGACCAAGAUAAAUGCAUCUUUUAUC